AAGAAAAAGGUGGAGGAGAUGGCCCUCAGGAAAAGGUGUGAAUUGGAAAAAAAUGCAAGACGCCGCUAAAAACAAGAAACAAGAGGAGAGUCAAAAGAAAAAUUGCGAAGCAGAUGCUCCGAGCACAAAAAAUAAUGAAGCCGAGCCUCUAAACGAGUGCGAGAAUGCGGUUCAGAAGAAGAGCGAGGAAGAGGCUCAAAAACUAAAUCCUACUUCAUUUCGCUCAAUUCUUUACAAAACACUAGAGAAACAAGAAUUUCAGCCCGGUAAUAAGGUGUCUGUCAUUGGUGCUGGGGCCGUGGGCAUGGGUUGUGCCAUUGCCUUGCUUGCCAAGGGUAUCACCAAUAACAUAGCUCUCUACGACUUGAAGAAGGACUUGUGUGCUGCAGAGUGCAUGGACCUGGAACAUGGAUCACUUUUUCUUAAUAAUUGCAAUAUUGACCACUGCACCAGCGUCGAGUGCACCAAAGAUUCGAGAGUGGUAGUUGUAACAGCUGGAGUUCGCUGUAAUCAAAACGAGUCGCGAUUGAAAGUGGCCCAAAAAUCAGCGGGCAUUAUAAAAGAAAUUGUUCCUGAGCUAGUUAAGCAAAGCCCCAAAGGAGUCUUCAUCAUUGUAUCAAACCCAGCAGAUGUAAUGGCCUGGGUAGCCCGUAAAGUAACCAAACUGCCCUAUGAGCGCUGUUUUAGUCCUGGAUGUCACUUGGAUACCGCCCGAUUCCGCAUGUUUAUUGCGCAGCUGGUGCGGGUGUCGACGCGUUCGGUGCAUGGAUUCGUGCUGGGCGAGCAUGGAGAUAGCUCUGUGCCAUUGUGGUCCUCCGUAACCGUGGGAGGUACCCGACUGCAGAAUAUGCUUCCUACCAUUGGCACCGAUAAAGAUCCGAUGCGCUGGUCAAAUGUGCAUGAGAGCGUGGUGGAUUCGGCCUUCAAAGUAAUCGCGGGGCAUGUGUGGAAUCGACGAUGAAGUGUUUCUAUCCCUGCCAUGUAUUGUCAACCAGUGUGGACUGUAUGGUGUAAUACAUCCUCAGCUUUCCGGUUGGGAGGAAAGAAGGCUCAAAAG